CUCUGAUCCCCUUUUUCCUUCAUCGAAUUAGGGUUUCGCUGUUUGUUUGUUGGAUCGAAUUCUUGCUGUAUGCCAUUUAUUUAGUUUAUUAAUCCUAUGAGGUAUCGAAUGAGAACUCUUCGGAAAAAUUAGGGCAAAGCGUCCACAUACAUCCACCAGAUCAAUUUUGUUUCGAUUCGUCUGAUUUUGUUUAUUUUGCUCGGAUUGAAGGUGAGAACGAUUGGUACAGUCACCCGCGGACCUAAACCCUUCUCUACCGCCGGCCAAAAGUAAGAUGUAUUUCACUUCUCUUCUCCGAACUAGAUCUCGUUUUGAUGUUUCCUUUUCCAAUUCGAAUUUCCGUAUAUUAAUCUUCGUUUAAUGAUUUUGUUUGUUUUCCUUGUACCGGAGAAGGUGGGAACGAACAAUGGGAUCACCUUCGAACGCUUAUCCUGAUAUUACCAACGGUUAUCCUUCUGAUGGCGACGAAGAGUUGCCUAGGUUUCCAAAGGGAACCACCGCCAUGGGUUGUAUUUUCAACUCCGUAGGGAUACUGGUAGCUGUUGAUCAUUCACUCUUGUCCUCGUCACCUCGCUUGGCAGGCUCAGCUGUUGAUCAUUCACUCUUGUCCUCGCCACCUCGCUCGGCAGGCUCGUUGUCUCGCUCGGCAGGCUCGUCGUCUCGCACAUCAAGCUCAUCAUCUCGCAAAUUAGGCUUGCUAUCUCGCAAAUCAGGCUGGUCAUCUCGCAAGUCAGCUCCUGCACAUCCAGAAAACGUUACCGUCUCGUCAUCUCGCAAGUCAGCUCCUGCAUAUCCAGAAAAUGUUAUCGUACUCGAUUCCAAUGUGCUUGUUGCUUUUUCUGGAGGGAGCACCCAGUCGAAGCAAUUCUUGCUCAGUCUGCCGACUUUGGAGCGCAAGCAUGGGGAAAAAGUUUCUGCUACAAAAGCAGCGAAGUGGCUGACUGACUUCCUGCUUCGUAAACCUGACAGUAAUGACAGUUUGUCACUAGGAAUACUAAUCGCCGGGUGGGACAACGAAUCGGGACCUGCCCUGUAUACAGUGAACGGUAAGGGAGAACUGGUUAAUGAUAAUCUGGUUGGAAUCGGAUCCGGUUUUGGUGGUAUUUCUGUACUUGUUCAUAGGCUUAACACAAUGUCCAAGGCUGAAGCUACAGAGGAGGCCAAAGCCGCACUUUGUCUUGGUGUGUAUUAUGCGCCUGAGAGGGGUGAAUAUUUCAGUAGUAAGUUUUUUGAUCCCCUGGCUAUAAUUUAUAUUCGAGUAAAAUGUUGAAAUGGUCCCUUACAUUUGCCCUUACUUGAAUUUACGUCCCUUACAUUAACAUUUCAAUAUCGUAGUUCCAAACAUUAUCUGUUCACACUUUUUUGGUCCCAUUUUACUGUUUCGACCACAUUUCCGUCCAACUCGAUGUUGAUCGGCCGUUGACUUGCCGGAGUCAGGGGUAUUUUCAUCUUUUCACGUAAUUUGACCUUCCAUCAAAUUAAAAUCAUUAAAAAAAUUAAAAAAUUCAUAUUUUAAAUUAUUUAAACAGUAUUUAUUAAUUUAUAAUAUUAUUAUAAUGUUUUAAAAUUUAUAUUUUUUAAAAACCAGUUUUUUCAUUUACCAUUUAUCAAAAGGACUACUUAAGAAAGCGUGGUAACCUAAGCAUGUUGCUAUAUCCAUAGAAAAUGACGAGAGUCAAGAACUAAAUUCAAUAUCCUAUUUAGUAUAAAAUCCAAAAGGACUACUUUAGAAAGUAGUGGUAACUUAAGCUUGUUGUCAUAUCUAUAAAAAAAUGACAACAUUAAACCCAAAAUAGCUAAAUAUCCUGUUUAGCAUCAAAUCCAAAAGGAUUACAUCAGAAAGCCUUCUUCUCUUCACAUACUCUUGUUUACCUGAAAGAAAUGAAACAAAUUCAAUACCGUUAAGUAAAACUUGACAAAUGCCAAAUAAAUUACUAUGCUCAAUGAAAUCAAUGCAAGCUUCAUUAUAACAUCCAUGGUAAACAAUGAAAGGAUAACUAAGGGUCUAAUGUGAAUGAUGCACAAAAUUAAAUAAAACAAAACAUUUACAAAGAAAAAAUACCAAUCAUAAUCUCUACGCAUCAAUGCCCAGGUCAAAAUUAGAUUCAGUCAUCAUUGCUACCAUAGGAAAAUGGAAAGGGAAUAAACCACAAAGGAAUGUUGUUCAAUAUAUUAGUAGAGCAAAAAAGGCAGGUGAACAGAGAGAAUACUAAAUCUAUAUUUCAAUUUGUCUUUUUGACAUUCCAUCUGAAUGAACAGUAUGAAAUCAACAAGGUUUACAAAGAAAUAAUGUUAGUCUUUCGUAAAUAAACAAAUUCUAACAUAAGCUAAACUUAAUAUAUGUAAAUAAUAACACAACCUUUUGCAAUACCACCAGUGCGGCGGUCAAAUCGAGAUGCAGUGCAAAUACCGCGCAAGAUAGCAUUACACGCAUAAUUGAUCACACACCCCCGUGUAUCUUCCCCACCAUUGCGCCGCAAACGGGUACCAUUCAAAGUUGGAUCCAUGCCCAUCCUAAAGAAAACACACACUUAGUUAAGAACACAAACGCAUGCAUUUUACAAAGUAAUUUUUAUCCAAAAAAAAAAACUGGAAAACAAACCUUCUCGCAAUAGUAUGUCUGGCAAAAAAGCCGCCAGAACCAAUUGCAAAAGAGGUAAGUUGUUAAUCGGCUACUCCAUGUUCGUUGAUAUAAUAAAGGUGAGCAUCACCCUGCAAAAGGUUCAUAAGAAUAAUCAUGUGAGAACCUCAAAGAAAACCUAAAAACCAGAUUAUAUAAUGACAACAUACUUGAAUGUUGUUACUGAUUGAGACUAUAAAAAAUUGAUUUUUAGGGGGAAUCAAAACCUACAAAACAGAACAAAGUAGAACAUUAACAGAGAUUAGUGAAAUCUAGACAAGCUUUAAGUAGUUGCACAUCAGUACCAUAAAAACCAUAACACCCUAAGAUUAUUAUUGACAGAUAUGAUGGAAAAAAAAUAUCUUACCAUAGGAUCAAAUCCAGCCAAUAAAGAGACAACAUCCUUUUCAGCCUGAUUUUGUCGCAGAUAAUCCAAUAUCAGAUCCAAGGAGUUGUUUAAGCCAUUUGCUACAAUAUCAUCGGCCAGUCGUU